AACGUUCGUUGUAAGCGUCAUUUGGAUAGGAAUUACUUCCUAUUUGCUCUCCUGGAUGAUGACUGUGAUCGGUGAAACCGCAGGAAUACCGGAUUCUAUCAUGGGUUUAACGUUUCUUGCCGCCGGUGGAAAUGUGCCGGAAGUCGCAUCCAUAGCGAUUUUAGCGAGGAAGGGGGAUGGAAAUAUGGCUAUGAGUAAUACGUUGGGCGCGAAUAUCCUGGACAUCCUACUGUGUCUGGGUUUACCUUGGACUAUAAUGUGUUUGAUGACGGGCACCGACUUAAAAAUCGAAUCGGGAACGCUGUCGUACAGCGUGCUCUCGAUAGUUGCUUGCAUAAUCGUACUUUAUGCAGUCAUAUGGUUUUACAACUUUGAAUUAAACAAAAAGGUCGGCGUGAUAUGCUUGUUACUGUACAUGACAUUUGUAGUGUUCGCCAGUCUUGUAGAAAUGAGAGUGUUCGCACCCGACGGUGGGAAGUCAUGUUAGCAAUGGAUAAAAUUCAACACUUUCGAUAUAAUCUGUACGUAUGUACAUUGUUUUCAUGUUUUUCAUCGACUUGUUAUAUUGUACAUACUACAUACCACUGUAAAUAUAUAUAUAUAAUAUAUAUAUAUA